UAGGAUUUAAAUUGAAUGGUAUUCAACAAUGUGAAUCUCAGCAAAAAUCGGAAAAUAGCUCAAUAUCAAUGUCAUUUGUCCAUAAUUUGCAAUUCACAUUAAUCUAUAUAGAUCAACGCUGUGUAUAGAAACAUUUUAUUUAUCUUUUCAAUCGUUUUUUAGUGCAUUGAUUGUGAGAGUGUUAUACAAUAGAUGUAAAUGAAGGAAAGUGCUUGAAUGGACUGAAUCCAAUGUGCGGCACAAUCCAUUUAUAACGAUUACUAUUGUUUCUGAAAAUGGAAAGUGAAAAACAACAUACAUAAACAUAACAUACCAUACCAUUUUGAGUGAGGAACAAAAAAAAACUGAAAAAAAUACAACGACCGCGUGCUACGAAUUCGAUUCAGAAAAGACACGAGACACAAAGUGAAAUCGCUUUUGAAGCGAACAGGCAAGGGACGAGACAAAAAAACUGAGCUUCACGUAAUUGAACCCAUGAGUGUACAGACAUAAAACGAUUCGCAGUGGAUGUAUUUUCUGAAUCCAUUUUCGACGGUCUUCAACCUCAGUUUAAUGGAACCGUAUAACAUCGUGUCAGAUCAAUUGAUUCAAAUCUUGACAGACUAUAAAAAGUAUUGGAAAUGUGUUUUUUGAUUAUUAAAGUGAUUGACAAUUUUGUGAAAAAACAUAAAGUUCAGCAUACGAAACGUUAGUUUUAUUUUCGUUUAUUCCUUUGUUUGUUCGUUUGGUGCUUAAUUUAUCAUGAACAAUAAGCAAAAUAGUAUCGGUGGUGUAAAAAGCAUGAAUCGAGAUUCCACGAGUCCACCACCAUCAACGCUGUGCUUUUCGACGCACCGAAAGAGCAACAAUGUCAUAGCCACUGAUAAGAAAUAUCAUGGCAAUCAUCAUCAGUACGACAAACCAUACCAAAAUAUCGGUCUAUGUGGCUGUCGUCGAACCUCCAAAUCACGCUGUGUAUCAGCAAUCGGCGUAUUGAUAUUGUUACUCACAUACACAACAAUGGGUUCAAUUCUUUUUAUGACGCUCGAAGGAGAGGAAGAUAUGGGAAAAACAGUCGAAACCGCUGUUGCAGCUUCAAAACCCAGAACCGAUCUAGUAAACGCUGAUAUACGUUCCAG